AUGAUUCAAGAUGCAGGUUUUAAUCUGGACACUAAAGUGGUUAGUGUGGUUGAGAAUAUCAACUGGACUUUUCCAUCGGCUUGGGAUCUUGCUAUCAGUCCUCCUCUUUUACAGGAUAAUACUCUUGAUGUGCUAAAAUGGGAAACAAAUGAUGGAAGGUUAGAAGAGUUUUCUGUUGCUUUGGCUUGGGAUGAAUUGCGACCUCAUGCUCCAUUGGUUGCAUGGUAUCAUGUUGUUUGGUAUCCGCAAUGCAUUCCUAAGCACUCGUUUCUUUUAUGGCUUGUGAUUAAACGUAAAUUGAAGACACAAGAUAUGCUGCGACAUUGGGAUAUUCAUCCUUCAAGCUCAUCGUCCUUGUUGUGUCCUUUUUGUAAUUUUCAACCGGAUUCACACUCCUACCUAUUUUUUGAUUGUGCAUACUCAUUAAGAGUGUGGAAUGAAGCGAACAAGGUUGUUGGUGUAUCACAGGAUGUAGGUUGGGAUGAUAUAAUGAGGAAUAUGAUGUAG